UGUACAUACCAAGCCCAGCCUCACAAUGCUGCGUUCACCACACCAAGUGGCUUGGAAAUGUGUAGUGAUGCCGCCGGUCGCUCCGUGAGGCGGCGCCAGCGACACUCAGACAGGCCGGAGCUCAGAGCAGCGGAGGAACCAACAUCACCUGUCUGGCACGCACAGAAGAGCCGCGCACACAAAAAAGAAGGAGGAGUAGUCUUUGGCAGCCUGGGAUCUCGCUGUGUCUACCCACCCCCCUCUCUCCCUCAUAUGCACACCCUCUCGCGUUGCCUCUCCCUCAGUCCCCCCCUCCGUUUGUCUGCUCUGCCUUCGGAUGCUGGCGUGGUGAGCAGCAGGACACUCGUGGCUGAACUGCAUGGAGGCGCAGGGAGGGGCAGGGAGCCCAGAGCCCAAUAAAGACAUCCAGAAGCUGCUGAAGCCCUCCAGCUCAGGCGACCUAGCCAAGGAGUUGUUCCAGCACCCAGCAGGGGAGGAGGCGGGCGGCCUGUCCGGACACACUGCUAGCCUGCUGCACAUUGCAGAGAAAAGGCAGCCUUUGAGCAGCGUGUCCUCCUUAGAGGUGCACUUUGACCUCCUGGAUCUGACCGAGCUGACUGACAUGUCUGACCAGGAACUAGCCGAGGUCUUUGCCGACUCCGACGAGGAGAACCACAACGAGUCGCCUGCAGGUUCCCACCAGCCCGUGCUGCCCAGGGGCGGCUACAUGCGCUCCCCCUCGUGGACGCGCUGCGGCAAAGUGGAGCCGCCGCGGGAGAGGAAGCACCACAGCGACUCGGACACCGCGGAGCCCCUGAUGAAGCUGGAGAGGCCGAAGCAGCCGUGACGCCCGAGGCGCAGGGAGGAGAGAGAGAGAGGAGGCCGGCGGCACACGCACGCGUCCGGAGCGGGAGCGCGGCGAGCACCCAGAGGCCCCCGUCCGCCUCAACGUCCCAGUGGUGCCGGACAGACGGGUUCAGGUGAACUCUGGACACUGCGCUCUGUACUUCAAGUCAAGACGUUGAGAUGUGCAUCACACACUCUCUCCCUGUUCCCCCUCUUCUUUUUCUUUUCUCUCGUUCCCGGACGCAGUUUUACUGUCAGGUGAUUUCUUUAGUUUUGUUUCUGAAUGACCAACAGGGUAUAAGGUGGUCAGUACCACAGCCCCUCCAUCCUCACCAGCUCCCGUGGUGGGAAUUCAACGACGGUGAGAUCAUAAACAGGACAUGAGUUUAGAUGUUAAUCAAUAGAGAAGUAAAUAAACAUCGUCCUGAUGCUGUUGCCUAAUUGUUUUUGCUUGAAUUGCGACAGGAAAUCACUGGGUGGUGGACGCCCAUCAGACCUUCUCCAUCCAGUGAAUUAUGUCUGUGACUGUUUUCCGUGCCAGAAUAAAAAUAUUGCACUUCUCUCACUGAAUUGCAUUCAAAGUGCCCCCAAAAUUAUUGGGUUCUUGCGCAGAUAAUUCACAAGAUAAAUUGAUCCAGUAGCUGCUAUUUGCCUUUCACAUAUUCAAAUGUUUGCAUUGUUUUCCUGUUCCUGUCAUUUUGAAAUCAGUCACUGCUGCUACAUUAAGUGAGUGAGAUUCAGAUCUGAUUAUGAGGUACGCUGUACUUUAGGCAGUAACGAUGAAACGAUGUGAGGGUAGAAUUUCACCGUAGUGAGGGCGGUUUGCUCAAUGCCAAAAAUUCAACAAUGUGCCAUCAAUUCAUAAAAUAAUUAUCAUUGUGAUUCAAUUGAAAUCAUGUUUCUAAGCAAAGGCAACAGAAGAACACCUGAUGUAUUCAUGUGACAUUGGAGUGCCAAUAAUUCUAAAAUCUGGGACAUACAGUAAUACUGUAAUAGGUCAAAGUUGACACUUGGAUGGUUGAGGAAUAAAUAUAAGUAAUAAAAA